GCAUAUGUGUUUAUAUAUAUAGGGGCGGAGUUUUGAGUUCCAAUGACGACUUUAAAGGCAUUGAAUGAUCAUGUUAGGCUGUUGAAGAAUCAAUCCUCCAUUAAAACAUUAGUCCUUUGAAUUUUCUCAUUUUCUGCACUCUACGCUGUGUUUGUCAUAAUGGUACUAUAAUAUCACCUUUAUUUCACCAUCAUAUCAUAUUAAUAGUUACCAAAGUAGACAGUAUCCAACGUAUUUGCCAAUGUUGUCUGUGAUUUCCGAAGAGACUCGAGUUUGAUACAGGUUCAAUCCCCAUUACACCAAACAUCGUGUUUCCCAUAAUUCGGAGUUAUUACUGAAUGCAUUUGAGUCAUUGGAAAUCAAAGGUCAGCCCCUCUAUAUCAUACCUAUAUAUGUGUGUGUGUGUGUGUGUGUGUGUGUGUGUGUGCAAACAACAGUUGUUUUCAAGUAAUUCAUCAUCAAGCUACAUAUGGCAAAAUCCACAAUAAGCUUGAACAUCUUCAUUGACCCCCAAAGCAAAAGAGUGUUGUAUGCCGAGGCCGGCAACGAUUUCAUCGAUUUCCUCGUUAGCAUUCUGGGUCAGUCGGUCGGUACUCUCAUUGGCCGGUCCCGAAAUCCAGAAACAGCAGGCUCAUUAGCAAGCCUGUAUGAAAGCAUAAAUGGCCUGAAUGAGUCCUAUUUUGUACAAAAACACAUCAAGGACACCGUUUUGAAACCAGCUGUCCAUAGGCCUGGUUUUGAUGUUGCUCUGCUGGCCCUCUAUUAUACGCAGACUCGAACGGUAUUUUAUAGGUGCAAUAAAUUAGACGGUUCAUGUCCUUUCUAUGUUUCUGUGUGUUCAAGCAGAGCUUGUCCAAAUUGCAAAUUAGGCACAAUGACACAGCUUGCGACAAAUGUUUCUUCACCUCCAAUAAGUAGUGAUGGAUUUGUGAAGGGGGCGGUGACUUACAUGGUGAUGGAUGAUUUGAGUGUGAAGCCAUUGUCCACCAAGUCCACUAUUAGUUUGCUCCAAAAGUUCAAUGUUAGGGAUGUGGAGGAAAAAGUGGUGAGUGUGGGCAAUGAUGAGGCUGUGAAGCUGUUGAGUUGUGCUUUGCAGUCAAAGAGCGUUCUCACUGAUCUCUUCUUCAAGGGUGUUAACUGAGUGCAGGGACGGAAUCGGCUUUGUCUAUGCUUUGCUUUGUGUGUACUCUUGCAUACACUUCAUCUCCUAUCUAUCAAUAUGCAUAUUAAUUCAGAUUAAAUGAUUAAGAAAGUAGUCCACCAUCGUCCGAAUUGGAUGUCUAAUGUGUUAUAGCAGUACGUUUUGUCGUCGGAAGAUUUGUUGCAGUGCUCAUUUUAUUUGAAUUUUUAAUGAAAAAUUGUUACAAGGAACAACAGAACGACCUUCCAGCCCAAUCAUCAGCAAGGUUGGCCUGCCUGCUUGCCGUCGAAAUUGGGCUUGAUCUACAUACUUUUUACUUGUAACCUCGUCAACUUAACUUUUCUA